CACGAUGCAUCGCUGUAUUUUGGCGUGUCCAUAGGGACUUCUUUUACCAGCGAUCCCUGGGGGUAUGAGCCUAACGCCAGCAUCUGCAGCAAACUUUUGGCCACUCAGUUCCGCUAUUGCCCCACAGAUCCGCCCGCCUGGGACCGUUUCCGAUAGCAGGACGUGGAAGUUCUGGACCCUUCGGCUCCCACAGUGACUGUCAUUUCUCUCACUUGCUGCUUCCGAUAACGUUAGAGCCUCCGCAGGAGCCCCUCCCGCCCCCCCCGCUAUGCUCGCUCUCCGGGCCUCCCCUUCUCCCAAGGUGAUUGACGCCGCCCGCAGCCCAGGGACGAGCCCCAAGGCCGCUUUCCCCUCAUCGAUCGGCCCGCAAGCAUUUAUUAGGCGCCCGCUGGCACCGGCUUCCGGAAGAGGGCGGGAAUGACGUCACUAUGCGGGGGUCCGGCGCGGCGAUGAAACCCGAGGGACUCGGAGGACGCCGCCCAGCCGGGGAGCCCGCAGUUCGGGGACAGGCGCGGAGCGCUCCCAGUGAGGCCCUGCCCUCGGCAAGCUUACAAUCUAACGGGGGCCGACACGCUGCCGGCGGGUUCGGGGGAGGGGACGGGAUUGUCUCCCUUAGGUCCUCCGACCGCCAGACUAGCAGCGGAGCCGGCCUUUUAUCCCCGAGGAAGGGGUAGUUGCAGCAGCUUCCGGGGCAGAGGGAAGCAGACAGGCGCUGUGGAGGAAAAGCCGGAACCGUCAAGAAGAGCCGGGCCGCCUCACCCAUUUCCGCUUCCGCACAGGCCAAGCCCCGCCCCUGUUCGGCCACCGUCCUUUAGGGGGCGCGCGGCCCCAGCUGCCGUUUUAUUUGAAAUCUGGUUUCCCCGGUAACGGAGCGGAGGGAUCGCCAAGGGGACUACAAAGCCGGCCCUCCCCCGCCUCUUCAGUCCGAGGCUCUUCGCUCGGAACGAGGCACUCCCAGCUCGCGCCCACAGAAAGGCACCGCCCCCAGAACCCGCCCCCCGGCACGAAGAAAGCGCGGAGAGAGAACGUGAGGGGGCGGGGCGCGCGCGGCGUCUUUGGAAUGUUUCUCAGGCUCUCCCUUCCGAUUGGCGGACUCUGGGCCUUUGCUCCCGCCCCCCCUCCUUUAGGAUUGGCUGCUCGGGUCCCUCGGGGAGGUGCCGGAGCCUGUCUUCAGACGAGGAUUGGCCUGUUUGAUUAACUGGCGGCAGCCUUCGUCCACUGGGGCACUCCCGCCCGCCUCUCCGCGCUCUACGCCGUCUCCCGACCCGUACGUUUCGCCUUCUGCCCGCGCGCUCAGGGCCGGUGGGGGCGGGGAGAGAGAGCGCCCGCGAGAGCUUGGGCUGCUCGACCCCGGCGGCCAGGCCUCGGCCGGCACGCGCGUGCCCGCCCAGCGAGGACCCCGCGAGCUGCCCGCGCCGCCGCCUGCGCCCUUCGAAACCGCCCAGCCGCCCGUUAGGUGCCCGGGGGCAGCCGCCGUUCGAGCCGGCCCCGGAGCCUGGGCGCGCCGCGGGGGCUAGCGGCGGCGGCAGCGCUGCGCUCGGCCUGCCGGGGCCCGAGGCCGCGGAGCCCGCCCCGGCGUUUCCGAGCGGCGCCCGGCAGGGUCGCGGCGCCCGGCGCGGGGGUCCUGGCGCCGCGGAAAACGCGCCAAGUCUGCGCCGGCGGCGGCUGCGUCCGGACCCCCUGAACUCCCCGAUCCGCGGAUCCCCGCCCGGCCCCGCCCCGGGGAUGGAGCCGCGCCGGCGGCCGCUGCCAUGAACAGGUGCCGCCGGUGACGGGAAGAUGCCCGGGGUCGUGCCCAGCGAGAGCCAGGGGCCGCCGGCCAGGGGGAGCCCCAAGAAGGGCCGCUUGAGCCUCAAGUUCUUCCAGAAGAAGGAGACGAAGCGCGCCCUGGACUUCGCCGACUCGCAGGACGACGAGGAGCGCGACGCGGAGCCCGCGGGGCCGGACGUCGACCAGGUGGUGCCCGCGGCGGCGGCGCAGGCCUCUCCGCCCGGCGGCGACAAGAGGGACAGCCUGCUGCCCUUCGUGGGGCUCAACAACCUGGGCAACACCUGCUACCUGAACAGCGUGCUGCAGGUGCUGUACUUCUGCCCGGGCUUUAAGACGGGGGUCAAGCAUCUGUUCAACGUCAUCACACGGAAGCGGGAAGCCCUGCAGGAAGCGGGGGCGCCGCCCGCAGAGGAGCAGGGAAACUGCAAAGAGGACAACCUGGCCAGCUACGAGCUCAUCUGCAGCCUGCAGUCUCUGAUCAUCUCCGUGGAGCAACUUCAGGCCAAUUUUCUUCUGAAUCCAGAGAAAUACACAGAUGAACUGGCCACCCAGCCCAGGCGGCUCCUCAACACUCUCAGGGAACUGAACCCUAUGUAUGAAGGAUACCUGCAGCACGAUGCUCAGGAGGUGUUGCAGUGCAUCUUGGGAAAUAUUCAGGAAACAUGUCAGCUCUUAAAGAAGGAAGAACUGAAGAAUGCGCCAGGAGGCCGACUGCCUCCUCCCCAGCCAGAGGAGAGAGAAGGCAGGGAAACGCACACCAUGCAGGAUGAUGACUCAGAGGAAGGGAAAGACAAGUUCCCCAAGGGAAACGUGAAAAGGAAAAGUGACAAUGACGCCGGGAAUCCCAAGAAGAAGUCGAAGCUGUCUAAGGAGCUGGUGGCCACCGAGGAAAACCAGAGGCAGACCCGGUCCAAGAGAAAAGCCGCUGGUGACUCUCGCUUGGAGGGUUCUCCCGAAGCCGUCCCCAAAGGGACCGCCGAUGGGGACGGCGCCCGGCCAAGCCACAAGAAAUCGAGACUCAAACUCAACUGGCUGAAGCCCACCAGCAAACAGCCCAGCAUCCUCUCCAAGUUCUGCAGUCUGGGGAAAAUCACCACCCACUUGGGACCCAAAGGGCCUUCGAAAGAAACCGACAGCGAUCACGAGGAGGACUUGAAAGGGGAGCCCAGGGGUGCUCUAAAGGAGGACCCUGAGGAAGCUGCACCCCCAGGGACAAGCAUGGAGGACAAAGAAGGACAGUCUUUGAGAAACAAAGGGAUGGAACAAGUUUGUUUUGAGUUGGUAGAGAAAUUAUUCCAAGGCCAACUGGUUUUGAGAACUCGGUGCUUGGAGUGUGAAAGCUUAACAGAGAGGAGAGAAGACUUCCAGGACAUCAGCGUCCCAGUCCAGGAGGAGGAGUUCUCCAAAGUGCAGGAGAGUUCGGAAAUUUCUCCCGAGCCCAAGACGGAGCUGAAGAGCCUGAAGUGGGCCAUCUCGCAGUUCGCCUCUGUGGAGAGGAUCGUGGGCGAGGACAAAUACUUCUGUGAGAACUGCCAUCAUUACACGGAGGCGGAAAGGAGCCUCCUUUUUGACAAGAUGCCCGAGGUGAUAACCAUCCAUUUGAAGUGCUUUGCGGCCACUGGCUUGGAGUUCGACUGCUACGGCGGCGGGCUCUCCAAGAUCAACACGCCCCUGCUGACGCCCCUCAAGUUGUCCCUGGAGGAGUGGAGCACCAAGCCGACCAACGACAGCUAUGGGCUGUUUGCUGUGGUGAUGCACAGCGGGAUCACCAUCAGCAGCGGGCACUACACCGCCUCGGUCAAAGUCACCGACCUCAACAGUCUGGAACUGGACACGGAGAACUUUGUGGUGGACCAAAUGUACGAGAUGGCCAAGGCCGACCCGCUGAACGAGGAGGACGCCAAGGCCCUGGCCGAAGAGUACGACGACGAAGUGGCCUUCCGGGUCAACGGCGGCGCCCAGCCCAGCAAGGUCCUGAGCAAAAAGAACGUCGAAGGCGUCGGGCUUCUCGGGGGGCAGAAGAGCCGGCCCGACUACGAGUUCUGCAGCGGCCACCGAGCGUCCGGCGCGGACAAGGUCAUCGGGGCCUUGGCUGAAAACCGAAGUGCCGAGGCGAGCGGCACCAGCGGGGCCCAGGAGCUGGACAGAACCAAGGAGCCCGGGGGCCCGGCGGACCUUGGCGCAAACGGGCUGGAAAGCAAAGUGUCCGACGUGAUACAGAGCUUGAAAGAGUACGAGGGGAAGUGGCUGCUCUUUGAUGAUUCCGAAGUGAAGGUGACAGAAGAAAAAGACUUUCUGAAUUCUCUUUCCCCUGCGACAUCUUCCACAUCCACUCCUUAUUUACUGUUUUAUAAGAAAAUUAUAGAGUGAGUGUAUUUUCGUUGUGUAUAUAAAACAGAUUUGGAUAAUCUUAUAAAUAGAGAUUACAGCAAAGACUCCUUGAGGUAGAGGCUCAUUGGCUUUUGGAAGCUCCUGGCUUAUUACUGGUCUCUAGUUUUUGUAUGAAUAGUGAAUUUGAAUGACUGCAAACCCUUGUUAAUUUUUAGAAUUCAUUUUCCAUGUUCACUAACCACUCUGCUGGAGACUAGCAAUACGUUAGCUUCUGAGGACAAACUUGUAUAGGUUCUGGAACAAUUUGUCCAACUAGAGUUCUUUAAAAACCACUUUUUAAAGAAAGUUUUACACCUGUCUCUUGUAUUGGCUUUUAAAAAUAAAGUGCUGUAUUUGUAUUUUCCAUAUUUUGGAAUAAUUAUAUCUACUGCCAAAAUGUUUAUAGAUCGUGUGGAUUUUGUAAAUUAGGAGGCAGCCACCUCAUUGCAUUUAGUUUUGUAACAGUUAUGAAGCAAAAUCCAUGAAGGCUGUUAAGACACACAGAUUCUAGAACUCUCAUGUUCACACUGGCGUGAAUUCUGUGCCUUGGAUCGCUUUAGAGGGGGUAUUUCAGAAGCCUUUGGACAGCAUCCUUUGCCCAUCACUACCUUAGGAAGGAUUUUAUAGAUAUAUAUACAUAUAUAUAUAUUUAUGAUUAUGAUUUUGUACUUUAGCAGAUCAGUCUAGGUUUGGACAGAGUAGUCUGUAUUUCUUCAUAGUCAUAUUGCUAUAUAAUUUGUAAAUAGGAUAUAAAAAUUUAGAGCUAUGACCUUUAGGGUUGUGUUUUGUUUUGUUUUGUUUUGUUUUUUUUAAAGCAGGGAGGGCAUUCAAUUUAAAAUGCUUAGCAACUAUGUAUACAAACGCACUAAAGUUUUGUACUUAAACAGCUUUCUACCCUAAAGCAUCUGGUUUCUUUUCAAGAACAGAAUUUGUGUAUAUAUGUGGAAUAAACAUUCAUAAUUACCUUUACAA